GCUUUCGUUUUUGUACAUUCAUUCAAAUUUACAUAUCUGUAAACUUAAUUACUGCUACUAUGAAUAACAUUCGUCUUCCAGCGCUUGUAAUUGAUAAUGGGACCGGCUACACAAAAAUGGGCUAUGCCGGAAAUUCUGAGCCAAGUUAUAUUUUUCCUACGGUUAUUGGCACACACGAGCCCGAGGGUGCUGUUGCUGAGCGUGUAGAAGAUUUGGAUUUCUAUAUUGGUGACCAGGCUAUCGAAAAUCAAAAAUCCUAUUCAUUGUCAUGGCCAAUACGUCAUGGUCUUAUCGACAAUUUUACCCAAAUGGAGAAAUUCUGGCAAAGGUCCAUUUUCAAAUACUUGCGAGCAGAACCAGAGGAUCACUAUGUCUUGCUGACUGAACCCCCCCUUAAUCCGCCAGAGAAUCGCGAAUUUACAGCGGAGGUAUUUUUUGAAUCUCUAGGCGUCCCAGGGCUUUAUAUUGGUGUGCAGGCUGUGUUGGCUCUCGCGGCUAGCUGGACCUCGAAAAAGGCCGAGCGCACACUGACUGGAACUGUGAUAGAUUCUGGAGAUGGUGUGACGCAUGUUAUUCCUGUGGCAGAGGGAUACGUCAUUGGAAGCUCUAUCAAGCACAUCCCGUUGGCAGGCCGUGAUAUCUCUUUAUUCGUGCAAUCCAUACACCGAGAACGUGGCGAACAAAUCCCACCAUCUGAAUCUCUUGAUGUUGCACGCCGUAUCAAGGAACAGUAUAGCUAUGUGUGCCCAGACAUAGCCAAGGAAUUUGCCAAGUAUGACUCAGCACCUGAUCAAUGGAUCAAAAAAUUCGAGUCACAAAACCUGGUAACCAAACAAAAAUACACGGUAGAGGUCGGCUACGAGCGCUUUUUGGCUCCAGAAAUUUUCUUCAAUCCGGAAAUUUUUUCGUCUGACUUCCUUACGCCCUUGCCUGUGGUAGUGGACAACGUAAUUCAACAGUGCCCGAUUGAUGUUCGCCGAGGUCUGUAUAAGAACAUCGUUCUUUCUGGUGGAACAACCAUGUUCAAAGACUUUGGAAGGCGCAUAGAUCGCGACUUGAAAAGAAUAGUCGACGCUCGUACUAAAAAGAGCGAAGAGCUUACAGGCGGAAAGUUCAAAUCGCAGCCAGUCGAAGUGAAAGUUAUCACGCAUGCUAUGCAACGUUAUGCAGUAUGGUUUGGCGGAUCUAUGCUUGCAUCUACGCCAGAGUUCUAUACUGUCUGUCAUACGAAGAGUCAAUACGACGAGAUUGGUCCGUCAAUCUGUCGUUACAACCCCGUUUUUGGUGCUGGAAUGGGUUGAUCUUCUCAUUUCCCCUUCAUCUGUUACAUCUAGAGCUUGCGAUGCUUGGCAUUUUUUAAUAGCAAGUCUAGGCUUGAUUCUUAUAUGCCUGCCCUUUUAAGAAAAAUUAUGGCUAUUUAUUUAAACGAUAUAGCUGUAUAAAAUCAAUAUAGAACGCAUUUUUUUGCAUAUUGAUACAAA